AUGUCAUUAUUUUCACAAUGGAACUUAUUAAAGGCGGAGGUAAACCUGCGAGUGCUACUACUAGGGACAGAUAAAUCCAAAAAGGAGGGGAAUAAUUCCUUGAGUAUAGCAGGAAAUAUAUUUAUGAUCCUUGAGGACAUUCGGGAAGCUUCUGUUCGUCUAAACGGUAACUGUUUAUUUUUUCAUCGACCUUCUUCCUUUUCUACUACCAGUAGUAGUAGUAGUAGUAGUACUAAUAUGUUUUUACCUAAAGUUAUUUCUGGAAAAGGCGAUAUCGUCAGAAUAUUAAGUUUAACAGGAGAUGCGGUAUUGUAUCAACUUUUGUUCACAUGGAGUUCAGAUGAAAAAACAAUAAAAUUAUUAUCUGGGUGUAGAGUAAGAGGUAAAAAUGUAAGUGAUGAUAAACUCCCAAGUGAGGAACAGUUACAGAAUUUAAUUAUUGAGUAUUUAUGGACAUCCUGUAACGGUAAUGAUAAUAAUUCUGAUGAAUUAUCUGCAAUUAUGAGAUAUCCCCAAGGUUUUUUAUUUAUUUCUGGUGAUAGCGCAAUAUCUGAAUUAGCUUCUGCUUCAAUACCUGCAGGUAUCUUGCAACAAAUUCCAGGAGUUUUGUUGUGGUUUGAGCAGAAGGAUUCUUUUUUAUCGUGUAAAUCGCCUUCUUUAGAAGGAACAUCAUUAUUAUUAUUAUCUAAGUGGUGGAGAAUCUUACAACGUAGUCUUUUCCUUCCCUGCGCAGAAGUUGCGGUGGAUCACCUCUUACUUUGUCAGCAACAGAAAUCAGAGAAUGAGAUUAAUAAAGAUAUACCGGAUUACUGUUUAUACGCUAUUAAGAAUGUUGAUGGAAUGUGGGAUUUUGGUUGGGAGAGGAAUAAAUCACCUUCAUUUUCAUUACCAUUAAAAACAAGAGCAGCAGUAGAAGGAAUAAUAACAUCAUCAUCAUAUAUGAAGAGUCCUUUAGAACCCAACGAUAAAAGUAAAGAUUCCGUUUGGCUACCACCUUUGUUAUCUGCAGAGACUGAGGUUUUUUCCUUUUCACAGGAACAUCAACGUUUGACAGAGUUACGUUCUUCUGAAGGUAUCCUGGAUCUACUUAGCGAGGAAUUAGAAUCAGAUGUCUCUGAAAAUCAUAGAAAGAAUGACAGAAUAGAAGUUCCUACACAGUUACAAUGGGAAUCUAUUCAGGAAUCUGGCGCACAUUUUCUUCUUUCUGUAUUUAUAGAUACUAAUACUACUCCUGAUAUUGGUGUUGGUGUUAGUUCUUCCUUUUCCUCUUCCUCUUCCUCUUCAUCUGCAGAGAAGGAGGUACCGUCUCUAUGGUAUAUUCAGUUAGUUAUGCAAUAUACUGAAAUGAAUGGAAUCGUUACUUGUGCGUUAGGAGGUGUACCACUUCUCCGCCUUACUCCUUGCAUUUAUGCCGCCUCGCAUUUCACACUUGUUAAUACUGAUAACGACAAUAGUAUAAAGAAUGAUGAUAAAACUACGGAAAUAUUUACAGGGAAGAAGUUGUAUUCAGUGGAGUAUCCAUCUGUUUUUAUUGAUUGUAUUGCUUCUAGUAAAACAGAAUGGAAACUUAUUAUUACUUCUCAGUUAGAAACAGGACCAACUCCUUCUGUACGUAUUUCUUCUACUGUGUUAGAUAAUAAAGAACAAGUGAAUAUUAAUGAAGUAUUUCCACCAAAUACAGCAGAUAUAUCGUUAUUAAACCCAGUAAAAAAUCGGACUCAUGUAAAAUUUUUAUUAAAGAAUGAGUUUCAAGAGAAGGAAAAACAAAAAGAUCAACAUCAAAAAAUACAUUCAAAAUAUAAAGAGAGAGAAGAGUCAUUUUAUCGAAUUUGUGUUUUCCCUCCUCAAGUUGAUAGUACAGAGUGUUAUCUUAUGGUAAACCUUCACACUCACACGCUUGUUGCCGUUCCUUCUUCAAUAGACUGCACUUCUAUACUGCUGAGACCAGUCUACGCUUCUCUCACACCACUAUGGCGUACUCGUCUGGAAAGAGAAUUUAGACGAUAUCCAUACCGUCGUAAACACAAACGUGAUUUUAAUAAUUAUGGACCACAAUGUUUAUUACUUUCACCCACAAGUCAGAUGAUGAGUAGUGGUUCUUUUAUAGGGAGCCCAUUCUCGCCAUUAAGUGAUAUUGGGGUUUUCGCAUUUCCCGGCUCUAUACAGAGAGGACAGAAAAAUAAAGAAGAAGAAGAAGAAAUAAAAGAACACGCUCUGGUAUUAUCAAGAGAAUUAGGAUCAUCUAAUAGAUACUAUCCAUUGUUUUCUUCAGCUGUUAAUUUCCUUCGACAGUCACCACUGCAUAUUGUCCUUGUUGGUAGUUCGGCAGUAGGAAAAACAACAAUUGUGCGAUGGCUCUGGGCGCAGUCUAGAAUCAGAGAUUUAAACCAAAGCCACCAGAAUAAUAAUAAUAAUAAUAAUAAUAAUAAUAAUAACAACGAGAAAAAGGAUAGUGAUCGUAUAGAAAUUUUGCGUGAACUCGAUAACUGGUUUCAAUGCUGUAGCUUUACUGGUGAUAUGACUAACACUGGUGAAACUGAUAAUAAUGAAGAUAUUUUAAGUGCCGUUUUACAAUCACCACUUGGUUCACACUCAUCAAAUAGUGGUGCAACUACUGGAAUGAAUACACAUUUACAGCAAUCUGUAGAAUUAAAAUUAAACGGUCAAACACACGUUUUUGUAGGUGAAGAUGCGAAGUUUCUUCUUCAAUCAUCAACAGGUGUUACUGAUGUAUUUUUGUGUAUGAUGGAUUAUGGUUUACCUGUGAAUGUGCGGCUUGUAGACAUUCCGGGAUGUUCAUCACGAGAGCUCCUACGAACACAUUGUAUGGAAGCAGAUGUGGUGAUAUGUGCUUUUGAUGUACGUGAUCAUUUUAGUUUAUUAUGGUUAGAGGAACGAUUAGAUGUUAUUCUUGCCGGUUCAUUAAGAGAAACAACAAGAAGAAUAAUAAGAAGAAGAACAUCAAGAAUUUCAGAUUCUACACAAAUGUCUGAUGUUUCUUCUUUUUCUUGUUCUUCAAAGUUGCAACAACAAGAAUUUAUUUUACUUCGAGUAAAUGAUGGUUCACCACAACAGGUGGUAUACUCAAGAGAAAUACAACAGUUUUUACGAAAAGCAGAUAUUAUGCUUGGAACUGUGAAUAUUAAUUGGUUCUCAUGGACUGUACCGGGAACGGAACGAAUAGAAUCUUUAAAUAAUUGCAGUUCGUUGUAUAUUAAUUUUUUGGAUUUACUACAGAAAUUACAUGCUUGUCGUUUAACCUCUAUUGCCAUGGGAUGGGAUGAGAAUAUUGUUUUUCAAAUAAAGAAAUUUGCAGAUGUUGUUGAAAAGGAAAAGAAAGAGAGAAAUGAGAGUUCUCAUUUAGAGACUAUUUUAGUAGAUGCGUUAAGGCGUGAAUUUCCCAUCCUUCCUCUGUUACUAUGCGAACAUAUAGUGAAGGAGUUUCAACAACAUCUCACUGAGAAAUUGAUGGGAUUUGUUUUACCUAUAUGGUGGCAGUUAUUACGAUGGAUGAUGAUCGCUUUAUAUAUUUCUGAUCCAUUAGCACAUUGUUUAUGGAUGGUUUUGAAAAUCUCUGUGGAAGAUAAAGAUACGGUGGAGAGUAAAGAUCCUCUCAGUAAGACCAGUGAUAAUAAUAAUAAUAAUAAUAAUAAUAAUAAUAAUAAUAAUAAUAAUAAUAAUAAUAAUAAUAAUAAUAAUAAUAAUAAUAGUGAUUAUGGUCUUCUUCUGCGUGCUUUAUCCACAUGGCGAGAUCACCCUAUUGCAUUGCCUGAAUUACAACUCUUACUUAAGGAAUUUUACUGUUUUAAGAGGGAGUUUGAGUUAUCCUCUUUGCAGUGUUUUCCAUCUCUUGUUCUUGUUUUCUCUGAGAUCUCGCAACUCACAUGUGUAAAUAUAUCUACUACCACAGUAGAGAAAUGGUUAAAACGCAGUGUGAAUUCAUUAGAAAAGAUCAUGGAUGCGAAGAAGGAAUUUCAAACUCUACUCGAAUUUAUACUUUUUUCGACUUCAAAUGAUACUUCUAUAUAUUUAAUGAAAGAAGAAAGAAAUAUCAGCGUAUAUGAGCCACUCUUUCGGUUAUUACCAUUAUUACGUUUAUUACAGGAUGUGUCUACUUUAUUAGACUUUCUGCAGUGUAAUGUACAUUUCACAUCUACACAAGUUGAGAGAGAAGAAAGGCACAAAUAUCCAAUAUCUCUGUGGUAUUUUAAUACUUCUCCCUCACUCGUAGAGAGUGUUCCGCUUCAGAACAUCAAGUACCAACAAAAAACAAAUAAUAAUAAUAAUAAUAAUAAUAAUAAUAAUAAUAAUAAUAAUAAUGAUAGUGAUGCUAUCCAUUCAGAAAAACAAGAAGAGCUCAUACAAAGUCCAACAAGUCUUCCACAUUUACUGAAGUUUGCAUCCGACGCAGCAACUACAGAGACUGGUAGUCUAAACUACAUGCAGGAUAUCAUUUCCCGAAGUGAAACUUGUGAAAGAGAACAUCAUACGGAAAAGAUACCAAUUGGACAAUUCGUCCGUUCACUUCGCACAACUUGGCCAGAAGCGGAUAUUCCCUAUUCAUUAGACUGGCGAAGUAUGUGGUCUGCACAGGAUGAGACUCAAUUCAUUCAUCGUGUACAUCAUACCAUUACACACUAUGAAGAAGAAGAACAGUACUUGCGGCAGCAGUUGUACGGUGUGGAGGCACUGCAGCGAUUUGCACCUCCCACACGCAUGUAUGUAGUGAUGCAGUCAAAUUAUAGUGAAGUUGAUGCGGGACUGGAGGAAAUAUAUAAAGAGGUAUCCGAAGAUAUGGAGCCACUGUGA